ACAUUGACCCGUUUACAUUGUUUUGCUUGAAGUUAUCAAUGUUUGUAUGUCUUAUAUUUAUUUCAUAUUUUGCCAGCACCACUUUAUAAUUUUCACACUGCACCUGCAUCGUUACUUGCAUUGCUCCCGCAGGACCGUAAUGCAAAACAGAAUGUCAACACAGCACCAACAAAAAGUGGCUUUAUUCGUCAGAGGAUUAAAAUUUAGACUCAGAUAUUAAAUGCAGAAUUUUGUCUAAAUGUUCAGUGUCCCCGGAGCCGGCUGCAUCAAAUCGACUAUACCAUUAAGGUGGCCAAGGUGGGUCUGUUAAACUAGGAAAUGCUGCACCCUUCCUACUGAAGAUCACCCCGGUCGAUUUCGACCGCGGGAUCACGGCUGGUGCCCGUACUUUGAGCCCUUGUGAUGCAAGAGGAAGAUUUGACCUAGUGGUGCGACGACCGCUAUCCGUCCGUCCGUCCGCUGGUGGCUUAUUACGACGGGCAAAGGGCGAUCCUACAGCGGCAUGAAGGCCACCACCGUCGCCGGCAAGGUAGAAUGCAAGCCGAGUGUCGUCGCAGGUCGUACUAAAUCAUUGCCAGAUCCUUUUGAAUCACACAGACAUCCUGACGCUGAUGUUCGGAGGUGCAUGCGUGAGUAUGGCGGAACCGCCAACCUUCGCCUCGCGCAAAAUCAAAAUCAUGCUGUUGACCAUCCUUGAAGACUAUUUGGACACGUAAACGUGGCGCUCUUAAUAUUUCUUGAUGCUCGACCCAACAACCCCGAGUGAUUGGCGUGUGUAAGAAUCGAGUUGAGCUCCCAUUGCAAAAACCGGCCUUUAAAUUUGUAGGAGACAACGGAACUUGUGUCGGGCUAACACAACCUGGGUCGAAAGAUGACUUGCACUCAGUAAGACUAUUGAAUAGUUGGUAUACCGUAGCUAUAUUUGAAGGUUAAGCCUUUUAUUUUACAAUUUAAUGCUAUAAAAUUAAGGAGAUUUAUUAAAAUUGUAAUUUCAUUAGAAAUGUUACUGGUAUUGCUCCGUUGGAUUUAAAAUCCGAUAUAAAAGCGGAUUUUAAAUCCAGCGGAGCAAAAAAAAAAUUUUUUAUUUUGUAAAUUUACAUUAUUUUCAUUGGAAAUUUACACGAUUCCACCAUAUUUUUAUUGGAAACAUUUACAAUGAAAAGCAUGUAAAUGUCCAAUGUAUCUAAUGUAAAUAUACAUCAUUUAUCAUGAUACCUUUUGGUACAUGAUAAAUGAUGUAAAUUUACAGGAAUAUUUUUUUCUGUGUACCGCGGCAUCACGCUUAUCAACGCGGCCUACAAAAUCCUCUCUCAGAUCCUCUGCCGUCAGCCAUCACCCCAUGCAAGGAGGUUCGUGGGGCCCUACCAAGCGGGCUUCACUGGCGCGCGCGCCACCACGGACCAAAUAUUUUGUUUCCGACAGAUCCUCGAGAAAUGUCGUGAGUACAACGUGCCCACACAUCACAUCUUUAUCGACUUCAAGGCGGCCUAUGAUACAGUCGACCGCGAGCAGCUAUGGCAGAUCAUGCACGAGAACGGAUUUCCGGAUAAACUGACUCGGCUGAUCAAGGCUACCUCGGAUGGUGUGAUGUGUCACGUGCGUGUUUCGGGGGUUUUAGCGGAACCCUUUGGAUCACGCCGAGGGCUGCGGCAAGGUGAUGGCUUAUCCUGUGCGCUGUUUAACAUCGUCCUUGAGGGCAUUAUUCGAAGGGCGGGCAUUGACACGAGUGGCACGAUCAUGAACAGGUCCUACCAGCUGCUUGCUUUUGCCGAUGACAUCGACAUUGUGGCAAGAAACCUGGAGACGAUGAAGGAUGUCUACACCCGACUGAAGGUACAAGCAAGGCGUGUAGGACUUGGCAUGAAUACGACGAAGACGAAGUACAUGAGAGGAAGGGGUUCGAAGGACGUUGGCCCCCCAUGUCUCACCUCUCUAGCUGUGGAUGAUGAUGAGUUGGAGGAGGUGAGCGAGUUCGUGUACAUGGGAUCGCUGGUAACCGCCGACAACGACACCAGCAAAGAGAUCCGGACUCGUAUUUUUGCCUGGAAUCGUGCGUACUUCGGAUUACGGAAGGCUCUCACAUCAGAUCGAGUGCAACGCCGCACGAAGCUGACGAUGUACAAAACACUGAUUAGACCGGUAGUCCUCUAUGGCCACGAGACUUGGACGAUGCGGCAGGAGGACGAACGUGCCCUUGGAGUUUUCGAACGGAAGGUGCUACGAACGAUCUACGGUGGAGUGCAGGUGUCUGACGGAGUGUGGCGAAGACGCAUGAACCACGAACUGCACGCGUUUCUUGAAGAACCGACCAUCGCCACCCAGGCGAAGAUAGGGAGGGUCAGACUCCUUUUUGACCGCGCUGAACCAGCUGGCGGAACAGGCAGAAGAGCAGGGAAACCGCGCGCACGGUGGGGAGAUCAAGUGAAUGGUGAUAUCCGGAAGAUCUGUAACCUGGGAAUUUGGAGAGUAGCAGCUCAAGAUCGAGAAAGAUGGAAGCGUCUUCUUGCUACAGCACGCGUACCUGGUGCGCAAUGCUGAUUGGUAUGGUAUUGUUGCGACCUGGGAACACUGGCGGUUUGGUAACCGCUUGCUACCUGCGGCUCAUGACUGUCAGCCAUCUGACAGCUUCUUCGAUGUCAUCCAACAACAACAAUGCGAUGUCACUCCCAGCUUCCGGACAUCAUUCUGUAUUUAUCUUUGCGACUGAAUAAACGUGUUUUAUAGUUCUUAAUUAAAUUGCACGCGUAUUUCUUGUGGUCUCGGUGGUGGUCCACCCCGAGACCACCAGUUCGUAAAAGUGGCGACGAUAGCCGGAAAAAUUGUUAGCAGUGAUCAAUUAUCACUAAAAAUUUUACCCGCGCGUGAACGUGGCAGCGGAAUGUCGAUCUCCAUUGGCCAUGGGCAGCAGCAGGAUGAUCCGAGAAGUGGCUGGCUGGUGCUUCCUGUCCAACAGUCGUCCUCCCCAAGAACACAAAACGGCCAGCAGCCGCCGUCGUUUGUUAGUUGGGACGACCUUGAUGCACCUGCAAAGCAGCCGCUGUUCGAUUAUCGCCCACAAGGUGGCCUGGAGUGCGAAGGACGUUCGCUGCCAACACCCGAAGAGCUGUUCCGCCGUCGCUUUCCCAAGCAGGACCAGUUAAUCAACGGCAAGUCGGAGCAGCAACACACGACCUUCGCGGCAACAGCGUCGCACAUGGAAGGCGCGAUGGAGGCCAAUGCAGCGUCAUCAUCGGCUCCCAAGCAAGCAGAUCGAGAGUUUGAGGUUAGGUCGAACUCGUGUGAAAAGAUGCCGUGCCAUGAAGCCAGCAAGCAGGAAUUUGCCGGAGACUGGGUGAUCAAGUGUCAAAGCUCUUACUACAGCGAGGAAGGACACCAGGUUGAUACCAAGCAGUCUCGGAAUUCAGUCUGGGAAAGGUGGCACACGACGGCAUACACCAUCAAGCGAGUGGGAGCCCGGUUCGAUCACCAGCGGCUGAACAAGCUGUGCCGGAUUCCAAGCCCGCAGAUCAGCCCGAUUGUGUACCAUCUGCUGGGGGCUUCGUCGGCAACUGGCGCAACCCGGACAACGUCUCCGAGCGCCGAAGCAGGUCCCUCGGAUUUCACCGGUUCUGUAUCGCCAAAGCCAAGCUCACCAUUAAGGAACGUCCUCGUAAAGAACCAGAUCAAGUCUCCGAGCAGCACCUCCGUCUCGGACCAGACCCAGUGGACAACAACGUCACCAUUUCUCAACUGCCGAAAGGAUUCGCAGUCCCCGAAGCUAUCAACCAGGAAACUAGAAAAAGCCAUCCAACCGGAUCGCGACUGUCUGGUCGUCAACUAUGCCGUAGUUAGCCGUACCGUCAAGUCCAGCAAACGCACCAAGCCCUCCGCAGCGGCUCGUCUUCCCCGCUGGUCUCAUCGGCUGUACGGACGUCAACGGUGCACUACAACAGCGUCUCAUCUCGACACAGCGGCCUCAGGUAGCACGGAGUCCAUGUCACCGUCCAGUGUAACCAGUCCCAAGAAUCUUACAUCAUCCACGCCGGCGACCCUGAUGUUCUUCAACCAAUCCGGGUCAUCGUCGGACGUCUCACCGGUAGAUCAUCAACCAUAUCGUUCUCUCCAAGGAUGACGAACGGUACCUUGGUUUGACCCGCACCACACAUCUUCAGAGGGGAGAUGUUGCGACCUGGGAACACUGGCGGUUUGGUAACCGCUUGCUACCUGCGGCUCAUGACUGUCAGCCAUCUGACAGCUUCUUCGAUGUCAUCCAACAACAACAAUGCGAUGUCACUCCCAGCUUCCGGACAUCAUUCUGUAUUUAUCUUUGCGACUGAAUAAACGUGUUUUAUAGUUCUUAAUUAAAUUGCACGCGUAUUUCUUGUGGUCAUCAUAAAUACUUUGCCUUCCUCACUGAGGUAAGGCUAUAAUCCUGCUCUAAAAGUGAACUUUUUAUUAAAAGCUCAAAGACCUACCUUCAUGUAUACAUAUCGACUCAGAAUCGAAAACUGAACAAAUGUCUGUGUGUGUGUGUA